UCUCAGAGGGUUCCGACAUCGUCUUUUUUUUUCGCGGUUGGCGACUUUCAUCAUGUCGCAGGAGCGGGGGAAGGAUCCGGUAGACUCGCUCACGACCGCCCGACAAGGUCAUAACACGAAGACGUUUGACUUGCCGUUCAAGGUCGACCCGACAGUCGACGGCAAGCGGGACGACCCGGUGUGGCAUUUCGUGGCCAGAGGGCGUUAUUUGGAUGGGUCGACGGUGGCGGGCAGGAAGAGCGGUCGUCAAUGCCUGUGCAGGUUGUGCGGGCGUACGAUUUGUGGGGGCGCUAAAGCCGCCAAGGAGCACUUCUCGAAGAGCGAGAAGUUCCGAUGUGAGGCAGCCACUCCUGCUGUGUGGAAUGCGAUCUGGUCGAAGGACAUGACAAAAUGUCCAAAGGAGUUCGCGUCGGCCAUAGAAACGUUGCAGAGCCACUUGCCAGGUCAUCCGAGCUUGCAGUGGCCACCUCUUCGAUUCCCCGAGGACGCAGUGCCGCCGCUGGUUCCUCCCACCGCCCCUUCUAGAGCCGUCGCAUCGCCCAAUUCUGGGGCUCCGGCCAUUCGAGUCACGGUACCGCGUCCUGCAACAACAGUUGUAACACGACCGGCAGCCCCGCCGUCUGCGCCGCUGGCUGGGACACGAGGUGAUCGCGAUUCAGAUGCCGCACGGGGUGGUACUGCGGUGGCACCUGGCGCAUCACCCCGCAGUUCGUCGGAGCACCCCUGGCUGCCACUGCCACCGUCGAGAGCGGCGCAACAUCCAAUGGUCCACCACGCUCACGGAACCGCCCACCCGGAUCCGUCACACGCACCUGCAGAUGCUCGACAUUCUGCUUCCGUGCCUCGUUUCGGGGAACAGGUGGAUCAUGGGGUGCCUGCCGAGGAGGUCCCCGCUCCGGUGUCCGAUUCAUCGCCGACCCCUGUUCCGACAACCACGGGCGGUGGUCGGUCUGCCCCACAGCCUCCACCCGUGUUGACCGAAACGUUAGACCCUUUGCAGCGCAUUCGUGACCUUGCAGUCGCCCAGAGCGCGACACCUGUGAGCCCUGGCGGGUUGUUGGAUGCUAGGGUCUUCGGCGGGAGAGCUACGAUGGGACGAUGUCGGGGCACUUACAGGCAGCAAGCCGUCACAUCAUAUUAUUCGGACCCUUUGCAGCGCGCAUGGCAUCUGCAAAUCAUGCGGUUCAUCGUCGAGAGCGGGAUGCUUUGUGACGAUGCGGAGCUGCAGCAGGCCUUGGUCGAGGCCCUUGUCCAGUUCGGUUACCCGGAGGAUUCGCCGCAGCACCGGGAGGUCCAACGAGUGGUCGCCAAGCUUCACACGAGGGAGCCCCCUUUCAAUGAGCUCACCAUGCGGCGAGCUGCGGAUAUCUUUGAUCACCCUGCCAGUUUUUUAUCCUCAAAGAAGGCGAAGUUCCCUCACACGGCCAUGUUUGCAGGCAGGAUCCUUCGUAUAUGGGCGACCGCCUCACCGUGCGAGAGAGCGUGGUCUCGUUGGAGCUUMAUUCAUUCGAAGUCUCGCAACAGGUUGGAGGUUCCCCGGGCUGAGAAGCUUGUGCGGUGCCACUGGAACCUCAGGCUACUCGAUCGACCUUCGUUGUGCGACGAUGGUGUUGGAGAGAGGUCCGGCGUCUUCGGAAAAUGGGUGCAUUAUUGGCAGGCCGUGGAGGACGAGGCAGUCGUGGACCAGCAGCUCGUCAGAGUCACCGGUGUUCUGGCGAAGGUGACCGAGGAGGAGUUGAGCCUCGCCAGAGAGAGGAUGCGCGCCAUUUCCCGCAUGGGAGCCGAGCGUCGGGUGGCGGAGUCGGACAGGAGGCGACGCAGGGCUGGUGGUCGGGAACGUGGCGGCCGUGGACGAGCAGGUGUCGGAGGACGUACACGUGGCGAUGCGGGUUCCGCUCCUCGGACUCGGCGACAGCGGACGGAUGGUGGCAUUCGCAGGGCCCGCAUGCGUUGGGACGAGGGUGACUUCUUGUUCGACAGCACAUCUAGCGACGACAACGAUUUCUUUGCGUCGGGAACACAUGCAUCCACGGGUGAUGAUAGAGGUGACGCUGACGACAGAGGCGAUGACAGAGGCGACGGUGAUGACAAAGUGCAGCCGUCCACCAACGUCGACAUGACAACUGCCCCGCUCUCCAGACACGUCUCGUGCAUGGCUUGUGGUGUGCAUGCUAUGCCACGGCAGGCUUGCAGCACAACCUUGGAAAGCAUGGACUGUGUGGCGUCUAAUACAAUGCUCAAUGAGGAUUUUCCUCCACCGCACCUGCCAAUGUGUUCACAAGAUGUUCGAAGUGGUCACGAUCAUGUCGAUAAUGCUCCGGAAUCUCCUGCUCGUAAGAGGUCACGAAAUAUUGCGUGUGCGGACACUACAUGUGAAAGUGCGUAUCCCGUCCUUCGAUGCCCGGUUCGAACUUGUGAGAGUGCUCAAGGUCAGGAGGGUAAGGCCUCCUCUACUGACAACGACGCAUCCGAUGUAGAUCGUGUUGUAUGGGUGCCGAGGAGUUCACUUCGAGAUUUCGAGUACACAGGUCUUCUGUUUGGUGAGGGUGAUGAAGGUGGUUCAGAUUCAAGUGCUUCGGUGUCGUCUAAUGCUGAUAGUUCUCCGGAUAAAACCGAUCUUCCGCAAACGUACGCUGACCGGAAUAGUGACCACUGUUGUCGAAAUGACGAUGAGAAUUGUGACGUGAUCUCUAAUUUCGAUGACUUUUUUCCAAAACGUCUGUCCUCAGAGAAGCGUCCUUAUACUUUUCGUCUCAGAAUGCCCCGGUUAAAGAAAAUUCUGCAAUCAGUUCAUAGAAAACUCACCAAAAAAACAUUGGCGAGUGUGCGUGGGCAGGUUUGCUGUAAGCGAGAGUGUUGUGCUCAAAUGACCCUGGACGACAUCAAAGCUGUCCGGAGCGCAUACUACGCUAAGAACCAGCAGAGUUGGGAUGUAUGGUGGGUUGAAACGUUGAAGAGGUUCACCUUCAUAGAAGAUGAAAAGGAGAUUGUUCAACCUAUUGUGAGGAGACGAAAGGUGUGCAUUACUGCUUGGUGUUUCACACUGGGUGUAUGUAGGAAUACAUUUCUCAAAAAAAUGAUGACUUUGUCAAAAGGCUACAAUAUGCUGGAGCAUGGCAGUACUGGACUCAGACGCACAUCAGCAACAUAUGCGACGAUGUACGGAAAACUAAGCUCCUUCGUGCGAGACAACGGAGAUUCCAUGCCCAAUGACAUGAAGACCAAAGAGGGGGAAUCAAGAGUGGUGUUGAGAUUGCCUGCUUGCUAUAACAAGGUUGAUAUUUAUAAGUUGCUAAAGUCGCAAUUCGACAACACGGGUGCUCCUUGUGUUUCUCUCCAAGUUUUUAACAACAUGUGGAGAACGCAGUUCUGGCAUGUGAAAUUUCAUGACAUUGAUCAAAACUUUGCGAAAUGCGAAAAAUGUGUUGAAUACAAAGAAUCUAUCAAUUCCACAAAGUUCGUGCGUAUGAAGCAAAGUUAACUUUUUAUGACAUUAUGUGUUUGACCAGGGUCUCCACAUAGAUGAUGCAACAAACACUGCUAUUGAUG